UUGCCAGGCUUUGUAAAGCUGUGGGUAUGACAGUCUGGGGUCUGAGUCGAUCUACAAAGAAACAUAUUCCUGCAUUUGAUCACCUAACAACACUGGCGGAUCUUAGUAGUUUUUUGGCGGGUUGUGAUUAUAUAUGUAAUGUUCUCCCUGGUACGCCAGAAACUACGAAUAUGCUGUCAGGAGAUGUGCUGAAAUGCUGUAAAUCUAAGAGACCUAUUUUCAUCAAUGUCGGACGUGGAAGUAUUAUUAGUGAAGAAUCUUUACUUUCUGCACUUGAAAACAAGUGGAUAGGUGGUGCUCUGUUAGAUGUUUUCUCUAAGGAGCCACUUCCACCAGAAAGUCCCUUAUGGUCCCAUUCCUGUGUUACAGUAACCCCCCAUAUAUCAGGUCCCAGUGUAGCAGAAAGUAUCGCCGAGGCGUUUGUCAAAAACUAUGAGAAGUACACCAAUAAACAGAGACUUAAUUAUAUUAUAGACUGGACAAAAGGCUACUGAAAACUUUUUAAUUUUCUGAAAAUUUUUUAAAAAUCACAUGAAAUUUACACGUCAAGAAGUCACUUUCACAUCCUGAUAUUUUUGUUUAUUGUGGUUAUAAUUAUUCGUUAAUUUGUGUUUACUUCCGAAGU